CUGCUUGGCUGAAAUGAUUGGCUAAUGGAUGAUGAAGAGUUGCUCUGGAAGACCAAUCUGGAGGGAGUUGGCAGACCACAUUAAGAUCGGAGAGGAGCAACUGGCAAAGGAACUCAUGACUAUCUCUAUGAGAGAGUUCCUGGUCCUCCCCUCAGAGGAGGGACACAACCACACCUACCCACACUGCUACCAGCCAUGCGCUACGAGGGAGUUACUGGUCCACCUCCCCUCAGAGGAGAGACAACCACACCUAUCCACACUGCUACCAGCCAUGAGGUACUGUGUGACUGAGGGUGUGAGGCUCUACUCUCAGGAGACCUGGAGGGUGGUCACACAGACCAGAGGAGUGCAGCUGGUAGAGCAGCACAUCCACAAAAUGCGUGGAUUUCUACAUCUCCCAGAGCCAGGCAGCCAACCAUGCAGUGAGAGAGGCAGCCUGCAUCUGUACUGCAGAGCUGGGCACUAAGCUACGAGGGAGUUCCUGGUCCACCUCCCCUCAGAGGAGAGACAAUCAUACCUACCCACACUGCUGCCAGCCAUGAGAUUGAAGAUUUAUGUUGCAAUGAUAAUGCUAAUUGCUUGACUGAAGUGAUUGAUUAAUGGAUGAUGAAGAGUUAUUCUGGACGACCAACAUAGAGGGAGCUGGCUGAUCAUCUCAGUAAGAUCAGAGAAGAGCAACUGGCAAAGGAACUUAAGACCAGCUACGAGAUUGCAGGUGGACUUCUACAUCUCCCAGAGGCAGGCAGCCAACCACGCAGUGAGAGAGGCAGCCUGCACCUGUACUGCAGAGCUGGGCACUAAGGUGAGCAAGGAUUGUCUUAGACUGUAUGCAGGUGUACUGUUAGAGUGUACUGUUAGAGUGUUUCCAUGACGAUAACUGGCCAGCCCGUGAGAGAUGGUUAGUGUCAGUCAAGUAAAUCAUCUAUUCUUUAUUUUACUCACCCCUUUGCCGCCUGUCUGGCCUGUGGUAACUUCUUGGGACACUUCCCAGAUGAGUGCAGAUCGUAUAGCUGCAUGGAUGAACUGAUCCCACUGUUCUCUGCCAAUCUUGAAGACAGCAUACCCUCAGUUAGACAAGGGACAGCUGCUGCUCUCACCAGUGUCACCAAAGCCUAUGGUGAGAUACUGUACAGACUAGAGGCCGUGCUGAUAAUUUGAGGUGUAUACUGUCAAAAUUGUUUGCAUGCUCAGCUCAUUAUUACCUCUUCAUUGUGUGUGGAGAAUAGUCGUGCUCUUUAUUUACUAGCUGACCGUGUGAAACAACACUACAAGCAUACAUGAUUGUAUAUAUGAAAGCCCCAUUAAGAAACCUUUGAAGAUACUAGCUGCACUGUAUUAUGGGACCUAAUAGAUAUCUAGCUGUAGUUAGUCUAAAACCAUACAUACUAGCAGUACUCUGAGUCUCAAGUUGGCACUAGAGCAUAUAACUGACUGUGCCGGUUGUAUUUUGUAAUCCUGUUACAGUUUAGCUAGUAUUUUUUUUGUUUUGUCUUUGUGUUCUGUAACAGAUCAUCAAGUUGUGGGUGACCACUGUACUACAUUCCUUGUCUUAUCUCCAUCUUGUACUUCACUUGUACAGCACUCAAAGUUUCUCUAUCUCUUUCUCUAACCUUGUAAGCUGCUGCUUUCGUAAUCAAUAUUGUUGUACAUUGAGCACUUAAAGCUCUUUCGACUAUUUCACUACCUGAACAGCUGUUUGAAAGAGUGUGCAAUACACUUUGAUAAGAAGCAAAUUAUAUUCGUUCUUCCCCCUCCUUCUUCAGCUCCACUGGUAUUGAUCCUGGACCGGGUGUAUUUAAGGUGGUGCAUCGUCCAUGACAACCCAGACCAGCAGAUGUACUCGUGUGCCAGUCUACUUCUAAAACUAUCUCGUGGACUGUCCUGACGAUACUUGCCUUCAGCAUUUGAUUUAUCAUAUUCUGGGGCAGCUAUCGCUAUUUCAAUCUCACGUACAUUCGGUAGAUAUGUUUCAGCAUUUCCUCUCUGAAGCCGAUUACCAUACCUUAAAUCAGCGUUCGGGUUACAAGGAACCCAAAAUGCCAUACAAUAACUCGAAUUGUCAUUCUCCCAAUAAGCAAUUGUGUUAUCAACAGUCUUCUGUCUAUAUGUGAUAUUGCAAACCGUGUUCCAAUUUAAUCCACCUUCAAUAUCUUGUAUUAUUCCAUGUGUUGAUGACAAUUUUCCAAAAUAUCGCUUAUCAAAUACCGAAAGGUCAUUGUCCUCCCACUUCCAGUACGGUAAGCCAAAACUAGUAUUGUCUAGCACUCUUUGAAGUGCUCUUUCCAAAAUCAGCAGAUAUGUUCUGUGCCAGACUAGAAAAUUUGGCCCAGAAUGUGCAAAGUCAACAUUUAUACCGCCAUUAAGUGUUUGACAUGACUUCGAGGCAUCUCGGGACACGUAGUUGUGUAUGUAGACAAGGAAAUCAUAUGUAGAAACAUCUUACAGUGUAACUGUGCCAGAUACAGUUAGUGGCUCUUCAAUAACAACACUCCAAUAACCCAUUUCACUCUUUAGCAUGAGCAUACCAUUCUUAACGUUUUGCUUUUCAGAAUCCGAUAGACUGCCAAAACUUCUUCUUUGAACGACUUGUUUUUUCAUUCCACAAUUUUCUCCUGACCAGCCAAACGCACAUUCAUUGCAAUCGACUCCAUAGAAUUUCCCCGAGCAAAUACAAACAUUUUCAAACACCAUCGUCGGCCAAAGAUAUCUGCUAUCAAUCCUAUUUCCUUUUUCCGAAACAUUGGAUGUAUUUUUUAGAACUGCGACAAUUUCUGGAUCAGCAUCAACAGAUUGACGCUCUGCUUUUGAUUUAACGUUCACACAAUCUCCUCUACCAUUACAGUUGUUCGGACAACAUACUUUACUCUGGAGGUUCUGGAGUGUUGCAAACUGCCGGAAACUGUGCAAAAGUGCACCUUAGAAGGCACAACAAAAUAGUUAGUGCCCAAAGCACUUGAAGGGGGCUUAGAGAUGCCAUUUGCCUCCUAUAGCACUUACUCUAGUUGUAAUAAAUGUAACACUUUUGUCUAACUAUAAUUAUAUGCAAGCUUAUGUGUAAUGAAUAUUCUUACCAAAAGCUGAAUGGGUGUGGUGUGGUGAUGACUCAAUAGCUUAAUUGCAUGUAUACCACGGUAUACAUUUCGCACAUUGCAUAUGCAUACAAAUGCACUAUUGAUUACUGUAAAAAAAAUGGGUUGAAAUGACCAUUUUUGGUUUACCUGAAUUGCAAAAUUGCACACAAAAUGCAAUUCAGGUAACCAAAAAUGGGUCGUUUCAACCCAUUUUUUUUUUACAGAAUUAUUAUAAUCAGUUUACUCAAAUAUAUAUAAUUAUUUUUAUUACAGUUAGAAAUGUGAAAAUUAUACUUAGAAGGUAAGAAACCAAUAAAUUGUAUGUUAUGAAUGUCAUUAUAAUUAUGUGUGAGUUACUCCCCCAUUCACAUGCCAAUAAAUAUACACUGUGUAUGCUCAGAUAAUUGUGAAUUGUUUAGGUUUCCUAUACAUUGUAUAUCCUCAAGACAAUUUAACAGUAGAUGUGGAAAUAGGAGACCAGCCGAGGGUUGGUGUAGGGCUCCAGACACAAGAGAUGUAUUCCACUAUUAAGUUAAGUGUGUGGUUAAUUAAAGCGGGAUUGGUUUGUGGUUAGCAGCUGUGAUGCCAUCAAAACGGUAGAAAAUAGUAGAAUGUGCCAGUAGUUUUUGGGUGUUAUCUCAACAGAGAAUGUUCUUGGCAUCAAAAUGUAGUCCGUUUAUAAGCCAACUAAAAUAAAGCUUAGCUUUAAUUCAAUUUCUGAACAAUAAAAAAACUCAUAAUUAUAAUCACCUAAAUACUGGUAAAUUAGAUUGUCAGGAAAUCUAAAUCAUUCAACACAAAGUCUGAGACCUUCCUUAGCUGUUUAAUGUUUAGUGUUUCACUACUCUAACUAUAACAUUCUAUUGAUCACCACAAAACCACCAUAAUUAUAUAUGAUGUUUUCACGGAAACAUUUUUUUACAAUUGAGUACAUUUUAUAACUACCCACAUCUUGGUUAUCUACUCUCAAGGCUGCAAGCACUGUACAUCAUGUAAACAUUUAGACCGUGUUUGUCAGUGACAUCAUUUGCAUUGUUAAAUUGGCCUUUGUACAUGUGCAUAUCUAUGACGUUGUGACAGAGAUUAAUGUAUGGCUCUCUCCCUCCUGCUUUCUUGUUUCCACGCAUGCACGCUUAUAAUUUUCAGUGCUUUCUUUGGCCAAUCCUAGCCAUUUUCACAUUGCAAAUCAUAAAUGUGCCUGUUUUUUGGAAAUCUAAAACAGAUCUAUCUUCCUACACCACAUGCAUGCACGGACCGACUGUCUGCAUGGGUUGAUGUUGACUUUACCGGCAUUAAUUUUAUAUAUCUAGCUUCAUCCACCAUGCACAUGCAUGUACCAUAAUUAUGCAUGGGUUGCUGUUGAACUUCCUAUGUGAUUAUCUGCAUAUAGAUCAGUAACCAUAAUUCAAUCUGUGAAGGUAAAUCCUACAGCUUCCCCAACCAUAUCAUUAUGGACCAUCUGGGAUGACCAAGGAUGUUGUUGAACUUCCCACAUAGUUACUCCUAUCUGUUGGAAAUAGAUUUAGAUCUACCCAUAAUUCAAUCAUAUAAUUAUAGGUAAAUCCUAUACAGCUUCCCCACAUGCACAUGGACCAUCUGCAAUAAUGCCUGCAUGCAUGCAUGGGCUGUUGUUGGUGAAUUUUAUCUAAGAUUGCCAACUUUAAAACUGUCAAAAUGAAUUAAAGUUUCCCGGUAUAUAGACACAACGUCAUUGCUGUAGUAUAGCCACGCCUGCAUGCGACGCCAAAUAAAAAACACCAAGUCGAUUCAAAUGGCUCAUUCACUAAAUAUAAUACCCCCCAAUAUUAUAGGCUGUUUAAGUUACACAAUUAACCUGGUGCUAGAUCUAAUAGUAACAUUCCUCAGUGCAUGAUUCUAGCAAUACUAUUAUAGGCAAGUGCAUAAUAUACAUGCAUGCACUCACUUUAAUGUGCUUCAUAAAGCACAUUAAAGUGAGUGUAUAUAUAUAAAUACAAUAAAUACAAUAAUUAUUAUAAGGUUUAUACCACCCUUUAUUGUUCCUUUAACACAAGUUAUACAUAUACGGUAGUGUUUGAUUAGCAAUAUCUAUAGUGCAUGUGGGUAUAGUACAUACUAUAGUGAUUUUCGUUUUAGUUUCAUUAUAAACAUCACAUAUACAACUAAUUAUAUGCUCAUUGUGGUCAGGCAUCUGUGACGUAGGUUUGGAGGAAUGCUUUUUGUGUACAGUAUAUUGGAGUUGCGUACUGUUCCUAAUGAACUCUUGAUGUUACCCAGAAUUAGGGUGUGGUCGUCACAGCCCAGUAAUUAUACUGCUUCCAUGGACUACAAAAAAGAUCUAUACUUCUGAAGAAAAUUAAUGGAUAGAUCUACUUAUGUUGAAAGAGACUGUCAUACACAAAGUCAGACAUUCGAACCUUGUAGGCCAACCGAAGUUGAUGUUGGGGGAGAAACAGGCCAUUCUGCAAACAAAUUCAGGGCUAGAUCUAUAUCUAGCACAAGUAGUGAUGAUGUCGAGAGAGACUGCUCUAGAUCUAUUAAGAGAACCAGGCCCCAGAGUGAUGUUGAGGGAGACUCUCCAAUAAAAAUACCUCGUGUUUUCAACAGUGUUCACGAUCAGUCGCUCUACUUAGCUACUUCAAAGGAUAAGAUUGAAGAAGCUAUAUUUCUCUUAGCCCAAGGAGCUAAUCCAAACUAUAUCUUUCCAGAACCACCUAGGUAUAGCACACUUCACAAAGCAUGCUACAAUAACAACUCACAAUUAAUAAAGGAACUACUAAAACAUGAUGUACUGAACACAAUCAAUCUAAAGACGAUCAAUGGCUAUACUCCCUUGCACAUAGCGUGCGUGUUUGGACACAUACAAUGCAUAAAGCUUCUUCUCGAAAGUUGUAUCUGCAAUACAGAAGUGAAAAAUAACGAAGAUAAAACACCCUUGGAUCUGGUAAAAGCAAAAGCAAAAGGUGAACUAAAUGGAAAAUUCAACAAAAUCCAGAAGUACAUGGAAUGUUUUCUUGCUAACAGCCCACCUAGCAAUACCUUUAUGACAAGUUCUGACGUGUUUUCCCAUCGUAUUGAUAUUGACAAGCACCUGCGUUCACUUUUGGAGGUCUUAUAUCUGAAGUGUUUUGUAAAUGGUUUGAAUUUGGAGUUGAACUUCAAAUUGAAGGCUCUGAGCUAGAGCGAUUCAGUAUGGAAAAUCAAGGAGUCCAACAACAGUGUUUCACAGCUAUGCUGGUAUAUUUUUUCACUCAUGAUACAACUUCUACUUGGUCAAGCAUCAUUAGGGUAGUGCAGUCACGUACUGUUAACUGUCCACAUUUAGUGAAGCAACUUAUCAAUUUGGCCGAAAAAUUUGCUAAGUAAUUUCUUUAUUAUCUUCAUUCCGUUAAUUAC